AGAAAAUAUCUAAACAACGUCGACAAUGGCGCCAUGGAACUCCGGCUACAGCAUAGCCUAAGCUCUUUCUUCAGCAAGGAGAACUGAGCUUAAGUAUAGCAAUAUUUUUCAAUCCGCUUGAACUUUGUAGUCAAAGAGAACGGAGCUUUAAGCUAGAAACUUUAAUGGAGUUAACUUUCCCAGUGAAAGCUCAGUUUUUUGGCUCCAAAAUUGGUUACAAAUCCCAAAGCUACUCAACUUCAGUAAAAUUCUAUCAGAAAGUAUCUCGUCCUCAAUUUCCAGCACGUGGAAUUAGGGUUCGUUCGGAAUUUGACCAUAAAAUCAAUGGCACUUUCUCUCCUGAUUCUGACGCUCGGUUUCUCGACCGGCAAAAAGCAUUGGAUGCUGCAAUGAACGAUAUAAACAGCUCGUUUGGCAAAGGAAGCGUUACUAGAUUGGGUAGUGCUGGCGGAGCUCUGGUUGAAACUUUUCCGAGUGGCUGCUUGACGCUAGACUUUGCUUUAGGUGGUGGCAUUCCCAAAGGCAGAAUUGUUGAGAUAUAUGGGCCCGAAAGUAGUGGAAAGACUACCUUAGCUCUCCAUGCUAUUGCAGAAGUACAGAAGCUAGGAGGCAAUGCAAUGCUUGUUGAUGCUGAGCAUGCUUUUGAUCCUGCAUACUCCAAAGCACUUGGAGUAGAUGUAGAGAAUUUGAUUGUCUGCCAGCCUGAUAAUGGAGAGAUGGCUCUAGAAAUCGCAGACCGGAUGUGUAGAUCAGGUGCUGUAGAUCUCAUUUGCAUUGAUUCAGUCUCAGCCCUUACUCCACGCGCUGAAAUUGAGGGAGAAAUUGGGAUGCAGCAAAUGGGUUUACAAGCACGCCUGAUGAGUCAAGCUUUACGUAAAAUGUCAGGCAAUGCUUCCAAAGCUGGAUGUACUCUUAUAUUCCUCAAUCAGAUAAGAUACAAGAUUGGUGUUUAUUAUGGAAAUCCUGAGGUCACAAGUGGAGGGAUUGCCUUAAAGUUUUUCGCCUCCGUUCGACUUGAAAUCCGUUCUACAGGGAAGAUAAAAUCUGCAAAAGGAGAUGAGGAAGUGGGCAUUAAGGUCCGAGUGAGAGUUCAAAAGAGUAAGGUUUCUAGACCAUACAAGCAAGCAGAAUUUGAAAUUAUGUUUGGAGAAGGAGUGAGCAAGCUGGGUUGUGUAUUAGAUUGUGCUGAACUGAUUGAGGUGGUGGCUAAGAAAGGUUCAUGGUAUAACUACGGAGAGCAUAGGCUGGGACAGGGACGAGAGAAAGCAUUGCAAUAUUUGAGAGAAAAUCCUCUUCUCUCUGAAGAAAUAGAAAAGAUGGUUCGGUCAUCGGUGCUAGAGACAACGGGGUUUUUAGGCUCUUCUUCAUUGAAACAUCCACUGCCGCAGCUUCUAGAGGAAGAUGCACUUCAAGAGAUGCAAUAACAUGAAUCAGAGUUCUGCUUCGACUUCGACUGAUUAUGACAACAGAGCAUUUCUCAACCAACAUUGACAUCCAUCUGAGAUUCUACAUUAGAAAUGAGCAAAAUCGAAGCGUCACUGCCAGAUUUGCUUUGUAUGAAACCAUUUCUGUACACUAUAGAUUCUUGAAGAUAGAUGUAUAUUCUUGUAAACUAAUACAUCUUUUCAUGAAGAGGGAGAUACAUACGUCCUUCAUUGCUUGACUGGUUGCCUGUUGGGCAAACAGGAGAGCUUGUAUUUGGACGUCUUAGGCGACUAGGUGUUAGUUUAGCCAAAAUUGAAGAAUUCGAGUUAAGGUGGGGAAAAGGAGUGUUAGCUCUUUGCUGCAUAUUUUGUCUUUGUUUUGGUUGUACUGUUAGCCAAAAUUUUGAUGAUCUUUGCCAGAGGCAAAUGAAGAUUUUUGCUUGAAACAUUUGCAUUGGAAGUACCAUCUAGUGUUGUGUUGGUAUUAUUA